AUGGAGUUGAACGUGUACAGUGUUACCCAUCUCAUACAACUUGCUCGCCCACAUCUUGUUAAAUCGAAAGGAGAAAUUAUCAAUGUUUCUAGUAUUGCUGGACAACCAAAAGGAUCGCCCAAAUUUGCGUACUAUUCCAUGGCAAAAGCUGCUCUGGACCAGCUGACUCGUGCAAUUGCUGUUGAGCUCAUUGCUGAAGGAGUUCGUGUGAACAGCGUCAGUCCUGGUGCAGUUGUUACAAAAUUCUGUCAAACAGCAGGGAUGUCAGAUGAAGAUGCAGAGAAGGUAAAUUGCUUUUUUCAUUCGAAAAGUCUAAAUUAACU